AUUAUAUUAAUACAAUCUCAAUUAUAAAUCUUUGGCACAUAUAGUUAUUUCCAUAAAUUCCUGGUAAAAAGUAUAAGUUUUGCACAAUCGCACUUUUGUUUAUUUUAAUUGGUCUGCAAAUUUUUUAAUAUACAUGAAACGAACAACUUAGAAAUUCACUGUUUAUCACAUUUAAUUAAACUUCAUAAAUUUGCUCUUUCAUAUCUGUAAUUUUAAAGUGGCUUUGUAGUGAUCAAGUACAUCUUUAUUUUAAAAGAAAUUUUUUGUGCGUGUAUAUAGAAAAAAAAGUGGAUCAUUAGCUUGCGAAGUAGGAUAUUUCUUUUUCUUUUUUUUUUAACGAUGAAUCGAGUUUUCUUCGAUCGUGCAAGGUAAAAGCACAGUUUAAGAAAUGUAUGAUAGGCGACGUGCUUUCCAGUCACUUUCUGGUUUUCGUUAAAAAGACCAAUCGUAGAGAUAGAUAAUGGAGAAUUUACAUUGCAUUCAAUGACUGACGUUCAACAUCCAAUUGGAAACUUUGUAUUUUAGGAACACACUAUCGUCGAUGUACAGUUUCUAGGUACACGUUUUUUUAUUUGUUAUCUAAUUGUGUACGCAUUUAAAAUACAAUUUCUGUGCUCUGUCUCUCGUUAUACUUUUCGACACUGUGCUGAAGCUGCACGGCAGCUAUUGAAAGGCCAUUGCCGUCGUCGUCGUCGUGUCGUGUCAGUGCGUAACCUCCAUAAACUGUAAUUCAUUAGCAGUUAGAAAAUUCGGGGCCGACCGUUGUAACUUUCACGCCAUUUCUCACGAUGGAGCCAGCGGCACCGAGUGGCACUGGCGUCGUCCGGCGCCGAGGAUGAGGAUCGUCGCGUAUUUUGGCGUAUGUAUCGUCGAAUUGACAGGGAGAGAUGGACGUUUAUAAACGCGUGGAAAGAGAGUGCAGCUGAGCUGAGAGUGCGCAAGAUUUGUGGCGACGUCGUUACGAUUCUCGGCGUACAUAAGUACGUACGACAUACGCCAAAUCGAGUGAAUGGAAAAGAAUAAACGACGGCACGGAGAAGCACAGGUACAGAGACGAAACAUUGCUGUGAUCUUUCCACGGAAUUAGGUUACGGUGUGCAACGAAUCGGAGUCGGUCGGUGCAACGAGACGAGGUAAAACGUUACACAUGGAUAAUGUGUGUCGCCGUCGCCGCCGCGGUGAAGAAAGUGGCCAGUGAACGGAUUCGUUUAUUUGAUUCGGUCUUUUAAUACUCGCGCGACGCACUCCGACCAUUUGCGGAUCCAUUUUCCUGCUCUGGUUUCGGAUCAUUCGCUUUCGCGAUUCUCUCGUGUGUGAUUUUCUGUGCGUGUGUGUGAGUUUUUUUUUUGGAUGCCUCUUGAUGCUGCACCGAAGCAGCAGCUAUCGAAGGGCCAUUGUCGUCGUCGUGUUGUGUCAAUGUAACUUACGGCAUCAGCAAUAGCAGCAGUAGCACCACCACCAUCGCACAAUCAUUACUUCUACUACUACCACCACCGACGCCUCUUCAGUAAUUAAACCAAACAAAAUGGACACCAAGAUAACGAUUGAGCGAACAUUUGUGUAGUUUGGCUCUCGUUCUCUGUUUCUUCAUCCGUCCUCUUCUUGGGUCUGCCUUGGGUUUUUUCUUUUCUUUAGAUGGAACCUCAGAAAAGAUGGGAUCGCUUUUCGUGCAACUGAUUUUCUGAAGUCAGCUGGUAAGCGGCGAUUUCUUGUGGAAUCUUGGAAUCUUAGAUUGGAAAGGAGAAUCGCAUAGAAUUUCUAAAAACACGCAAAAAACGAUAAAUGAGAAUAUGCUGCGUAACGAUUGUUUUAGAUGUCGCAUUUAAAAUUUUCGCCAAAAAAAAGUUGAGAAAAAGGGCGAGAGCGUGAAUUUACCAUGGGCACGUUACUGGCUAUAGAAGAGAUCGUACAAUAUUCUCGUAAGCCUGAAAUGGGGGUGAAGAGUCCUUCAGCGUAGACAUGGACUACGAUCUGUUUGGUGAAGAUGUCAGUGGCUCGAUGCUCGAGGCUCUUCCUGAUCUCGGAGGGAAUGAUCAUUUCGAUCCUGCGUCUGCGAAUAAUUCCGUAGCGGUGUCCAGGGACGGUCUGAAUUCUGGUCCUAAUGGAGGAGGGAGUUACAUUAGUCAAUCCUAUAACAUUUCCCAAGAAUCUCCAAUACAAAAAUUGACUUCAUUCGGCGGAUCUGAAUUUGGUGGCUCGAAUCAAUUGCAAAAUCCGUCGCAACGCAGUAUGUUUAACCAAAAUCUCGGUACGUUCGAUAGCGCCUCACCUCAGCGUGCCAUGGUGCCAGGCGCCUUUCAAAAUCAGACACGCAAUAUUGCACCGCAGCAGCACAGGGGACCUCAUCCGGGCAGCGGUGGUCAGUAUCCUAGCUACAAUGACAAUAUGUAUUCUAUGGAAACUCAGCAACACUCAAUGGCUAGAGCCAACAUGAGUAUGGAUCCCAGCCAGCAAGGCUGGCCGGGUAACGGCAGUGGUUACCCACAAAUGCAGAGGCAUU